GCGCGGGGGCCUGCGCCGCCCCCGAUCCCCCUGCCUGGCGAUGGUGCAACCCGAGGGAGCGCCCGUCCCCCGCCGCCGCUGACCCGGGUCCUCCACUCCAUGGCCGCUUCGGCGCCGCCCCCACCGGACAAGCUGGAGGGAGGUGGCGGCCCCGCACCGCCCCCUGCGCCGCCCAGCACCGGGAGGAAGCAGGGCAAGGCCGGUCUGCAAAUGAAGAGCCCAGAAAAGAAGCGAAGGAAGUCAAAUACUCAGGGCCCUGCGUACUCACAUCUGACGGAGUUUGCACCACCCCCAACUCCCAUGGUGGAUCACCUGGUAGCAUCCAAUCCUUUUGAGGAUGACUUCGGAGCACCUAAGGUGGGGGGCGCAACCCCUCCAUUUCUUGGCAGUCCUGUACCCUUUGGAGGCUUCCGUGUACAAGGGGGCAUGGCAGGCCAGGUACCCCCAGGCUAUGGCACUGGGGGUGGCGGGGGCCCCCAGCCUCUUCGUCGGCAACCCCCUCCUUUCCCUCCUAACCCUAUGGGCCCUGCUUUCAACAUGCCCCCCCAGGGUCCUGGCUACCCACCACCAGGCAACAUGAACUUUCCCAGCCAACCCUUUAACCAGCCUCUGGGUCAAAACUUUAGUCCUCCUGGUGGGCAGAUGAUGCCUGGCCCGGUGGGGGGAUUUGGCCCCAUAAUUUCACCCACCAUGGGACAACCUCCCAGAGGGGAGCUGGGCCCACCUACUCUCCCCCAACGCUUUGCUCAGCCAGGGGCGCCUUUUGGACCUUCUCCUCUCCAGAGACCUGGGCAGGGGCUCCCCAGCCUGCCCCCCAACACCAGUCCCUUCCCUGGUCCUGACCCUGGCUUCCCUGGACCUGGUGGUGAGGAUGGAGGGAAGCCCUUGAAUCCACCUGCGCCCACUGCUUUUCCCCAGGAGCCCCACUCAGGCUCCCCGGCUGCUGCUGUUAAUGGGAAUCAGCCCAGUUUUCCUCCGAACAGCAGUGGGCGGGGUGGGGGCACUCCAGAUGGCAAUAGCCUGGCGCCUCCUGGCAAAGCAGGUGGGGGCUCAGGGCCCCAGCCCCCACCAGGCCUGGUGUACCCAUGUGGUGCCUGUCGGAGUGAGGUGAACGAUGACCAGGACGCCAUUCUGUGCGAGGCCUCUUGCCAGAAGUGGUUCCACCGCGAGUGCACGGGCAUGACCGAGAGCGCCUACGGACUGCUGACCACCGAGGCUUCUGCCGUCUGGGCCUGCGACCUGUGCCUCAAGACCAAGGAGAUCCAGUCCGUCUAUAUCCGAGAGGGCAUGGGGCAGCUGGUGGCUGCUAACGAUGGGUGAUACUGGGGAAGUGGCCCAGGGAAGUGCACAUGUCCCUCCCUGCUCUUCCAGGGUGAUUGUUUCCAUGUCUGGCUCUUGGUCCUUGUUUCCACUGGCUUCCCAUCCCCAUGGGGAUAGAAACAUGAGGACUCUUGGGGACAAAAGGAGGUGGGCAGGCAGAAGAGCCUGGAUUGCUCACUUUUCUGGAAACUUACCUGUUGAGAUCUCCAGAGAUCCAGGAAACCAAAGUCCUGCCGAGUAGAGCCAUUUUUUUUGUGGCUCUCUGGAGGCCUAGGGGGCAUGACUGCAAAUGAAAGAGGCUGGAGGAAGAUGUGGCUAGCCAGAGGUGUCUCCUCUGCAGAUGCCCAAUGCCCCACUACCUGUGCCUAAAGCUCCUACCUAGCCCCACAGCUCCAGCCUUAGUUUUUGGAGUCAAGUGUUAAAAUUUCUAGUCGAAGGAGUUGGGGUCUCUUCCCAUCCUUCCAGUAGCCCUUCCUGGGCUCUGGGAGACUGCUUUAGGGAAUAAUUGGGGAUAUUUCCCUUUGCCAAUGUUCUCCUUGCCUCCUCCAAGACCUACCUAACUCUCCCCUCUCAGAGAACCAAAUAGCUUGAAGCAGGAGAGUUCUUGGCUAUGGCAGUUUCUUGGUGAUUUGGGGCUUCAAGACAGUAGGUAAAAGGUGCUGUCAGGACAUAUCUCCCUCAUACCAAAGUCACUGGUCUGUUCUCAGCCUCUCUUGUGCUUGUCUCCCGAUGACCAUGUUUUUGCCAAAAAUUGGGAUAUGUGGUCUGACAGACCAGAAUCUUUGAAGAUUGGCCUGUGGUGGAAGCCUGGACUCUGGCUGUGUUACCUGCCCCCAUCUUUCCCAUCUGUUGCACAUUAUUCUCAGCACUGGUCUUCAACUUUUGGUGCACCCUUAUUCCCCUGCCUCUCUGGCUUGAUGGGAGGAAAGCUUGAGAAAGGGCAAAGCCCUUAUACCUCGUUUUUUCUCCUGAUAAAAGGAUCCCAGUGAGGUCCUGUCACAGGCUGGGGGCGGGGAGGGGUGGGGUGGGCCCCUGGUACUAACACGCAAUCUCAAUCCAGAGCAGGAGACUCUGCUCCUCUGUGCUGUUACGUACUCUCGGUCUGGUGAUCUAGCAUUUCUUCCUCAGCCAGUGCCCAGGCAUUUUAUUUUUAUGCACUGUCUGCCAGAGAUAGGCCUGACGAGGAGCCUCUGGUAUGGAGGCUGCUGUCUGCUCAUGCACACAUUCCUCAGUGGGGUGGGGGACCUUGCCAGGCUGGUGGUCUGAGAGGAGCUGGUGGUCCCCUGCCCCCACCUCCCCAGACCCUGUGUGAGGAGAAGAUAGGUGUACUGCAGAACUCCUUUACCUGCCCAGGUGGAGCCAGCAGCCCUGAGGCCAUGUGAAAGAAAGGAGUGGGCCUUGGGGUUUCUCUAACAGGGCCCCACAGAAAAAUAGCAUAGCGGAGACAGCACUGCCCCGCUCAACCUUGUGUUGUGUUUGUGGUUUUGUUUGCCCUUCUUUUAUCUGUUGCUAUUAUUGUGUGUUUCCCCCUCCAAGUUUUGUAAAAUGGCUGAUGGGGAAGUGUCCGCUCAAUCCCUCUCUACUACUUUUUGGAAGAAAACAAGGGCCACAGAAAGGUGGUGUGGGGGGGUCUUUUUGUACGGUUGGAUUAAUAAAAUUACUUGAAAAUACAAACAAGGACUCCUUGCUCUUCAUAUACAUAACAUUUGGAAUGAACCUGUCACCCUGGGAAGAUACUUGGGCUU